AUGUUCCUGUGCGUCCGGCCGACGGAGGAGCCCCCGCAGCCCGUGUCCACCACCCUGCGCCAGGAUGCUGCUCUCGCACAAAUCAAAAAGCAAGCCAAGAAAAGUAUCCCAGAUAAAGGAGAUGGAUCAUUUAAGAUGGGCAACAAAAUGCUCCAGGAGUCUAAAAGCCAAAAACAGAAAACAGAAGCCUACAUACUCUUUGCCAGAGCAGCUGACAUGGGAAAUUUGAAAGCUAUGGAAAAAAUGGCUGAUGCUUUGCUGUUUGGAAGUUUUGGCACGCAAAAUACAACAGCAGCUAUCCAGUUCUAUGAGUCCUUGGCUAAAGAAGGAUCAUACAAAGCCCAAAACAUAAUGGGAUUUUUAUCUUCUUAUGGAAUAGGAAUGGAAUAUGAUCAAGCCAAGGCACUGAUAUAUUAUACCUUUGGAAGUGCUGGAGGAAGCAUGAUGUUCCAGAUGAUUCUGGGGUACAGAUAUUUGUCAGGAAUCAAUGUUCUACAAAAUUGUGAAGUUGCCCUAAAUCAUUACAAGAAAGUGGCAGAUUAUAGUGAAAAUUGGAAAAAAAGUGAAGGAAUUCCAGAGGAAAAAGUGAGACUAACUGAAAGACCUAAAAAUCUGAGCUCCAACAGUGAGAUUUUGGAUUGGGACAUAUACCAGUACAAUGAGUACUUGGCAGAAAGAGAUGUUCAGAUAAAGGCACUAUACUACCUUUUAAAGGCAGCAAAGGCUGGGAGCGCAAAUGCCAUGGCAUUUAUAGGAAAGAUGUACUUAGAGGGAAAUACUGCUGCACCACAAAAUAAUGCCACUGCCUUCAAAUACUUCUCCAUGGCGGCCAGCAAGGGCAAUGCAAUUGGUCUUCAUGGACUUGGUCUCCUUUACUUUCAUGGAAAAGGUGUUCCUGUGAAUUAUGGUGAAGCCUUCCAGAAAGCUGCAGAGAAGGGAUGGCCUAAUGCACAGUUCCAGCUAGGCUACAUGUACUGCUCUGGCUCUGGAGUAUGGAAGGAUUAUAAACUUGCCUUCAAAUAUUUUUAUUUGGCCUCUCAGAGUGGACAGCCUCUUGCCAUUUAUUACCUAGCCGAGAUGUACGCAUCUGGAACAGGGGUGCUAAGAUCAUGCAGAACAGCCGUGGAGCUCUAUAAAGGUGUCUGUGAACUAGGCCACUGGGCUGAGAAAUUCCUGACAGCGUACUUUGCCUAUAAGGAUGGCGAUGUAGACUCUUCUCUUAUUCAGUAUGCACUACUUGCAGAAAUGGGAUACGAAGUAGCUCAAAGCAAUUCAGCAUUCAUUUUGGAAUCUAAAAAGGCUAAAAUUCUGGGAAAAGAGAAGAUGUAUCCAAUGGCACUUCUACUAUGGAACCGAGCCGCCAUUCAAGGGAAUGCUUUUGCUAGAGUCAAAAUUGGAGAUUACCAUUACUAUGGUUAUGGGACUAAGAAAGACUAUGGAACAGCAGCCACACACUACAGCAUCGCAGCGGACAAGCAUCACAGUGCUCAAGCCAUGUUCAAUCUGGCCUAUAUGUAUGAACAUGGCUUGGGUAUGGCGAAGGAUAUUCACCUGGCCAGAAGAUUGUAUGACAUGGCUGCUCAGACAAGCCCAGAUGCUCACAUUCCUGUGUUCUUUGCCCUUUUGAAACUGGAAACUAUGCAUUUGCUCCGAGAUAUUCUGUUUUUUAAUAUGUUUUUCACCAUAAGAUGGAAAUGGCUGAAACUGGAAAACACUGUCGGACCAUACUGGGAUUUAUUUGUGAUUGGCCUAAUCAUUGCCAUGCUGAUCUUCACAGGUUUAUGUCAAGCUAUCCUCACCCAAUAA